AUGGAUUUUCAAGAGGCGCAGAUGGCGGUGACACGCGUCCUGCACGACGCUUCGUCACAAUUUCAGCGCAUGCCCGGAUCCGCCAUCAUCUUGCGGUAUAUCAAAUCCAGCUACCAAAACGAUCCCGUGCGCAGCGCAAUUGAGCUAUGUCUGUUCUUAUUUGCAGUGCGGUAUAUGCUGGCGCCGAGUUACAGCACACAGAAGAAGGUCGCAUUGAGCGAAGAAGAGAUUGACGAAUUGGUGGAUGACUGGACACCAGAGCCACUUGUCGCUGCUCCCACGCCGUUUGAAGAAAUGGAGACGGAGAAGAGAGCCGUCAUUGUAGGACCCACGGGACCCAAAUCGAAACUUUCCAACGGCCGCACAGUAACAAAUCUUGCCUCGUACAAUUUCUACAACUUUACAUCCAAUGAAACGCUCAAGGAGAAGGCCAUCGCCACCUUACGCACAUACGGUGUCGGUCCUUGCGGGCCUCCUGGAUUCUACGGCACCCAGGAUGUACACAUGAAGACAGAAGCAGAUGUUGCAGCGCAUCUUGGGACCCCCGCUUGUGUCAUAUACGCCCAAAGCUUCUCGACAAUCAGCAGUGUGAUCCCGUCGUUUUCCAAGCGAGGAGACAUCAUAGUCGCGGAUCGUGCAGUCAACUUUGCAAUCAGAAAGGGUAUCCAAAUCAGCAGAAGUGCAGUGCGGUGGUACGAACACGGGGAUAUGGAAGAUUUGGAGAACGUGCUGAAGAAGGUCACAAAGGAACAGGCGAACAAGCCGUUGACUCGGCGGUUCAUCAUCACAGAGGGCAUGUUCGAAAACAUUGGCGAUGUAGCAGAUUUGCCGAAACUGGUCGAGCUCAAACUCAAAUAUAAAUUCCGCCUCAUCCUCGACGAAACAUGGUCCUACGGCGUCCUCGGACGAACCGGUCGCGGCCUCACCGAAGCCCAGAACGUGGACGCCUCCGAAGUCGACAUGAUCAUCGGCAGCCUAUGCGGUCCGCUCUCCGCCGCUGGUGGUUUCUGCGCAGCCAGCCAGGAAGUUGUAGAGCACCAGCGCAUCUCAUCGGCAUCUUACACAUACUCGGCGGCGCUACCCGCGCUGCUCUCCACGACCGCCAGCGAAACAAUUGCCAUGCUCCAGGAGCAGCCUGAAAUUCUGACGGGUCUCCGCGAUAACAUCAAAGCGAUGCGUGCGCAACUUGAUCCAAGGAGCGACUGGGUUAAGUGCACCAGUACCUCGGAUAAUCCAAUCUUGAUACUCGUGUUGAAGCCUGAUAUUGUAACGUCUAAGGAUCUGAACACGCAAGACCAAAAUGAAAUUUUUCAGGAUGUCGUUGACGAGUGCCUCACCAACGGCGUACUCAUCACCCGUUUAAGAGCCUAUCCUGUCGCCCAGGGCACGCAAGCCAAAGACCAAGGCUGGCAGCCUACCCCCGCCCUCAAAGUCUGCGUCACAUCGGGCCUGACCAAGAAGGAAACAGAGAAGGCGGGGACCACCAUCAGACACGCCAUUACCAAAGUCCUCAAGGCACGGAAGUAGCA